CUCAAUAUUCAACCCUUCGCCGGACGAGAGCGCCCGACAGCAGCGGCUCCUCUAGACGGGGGCACGAAUCGACCGUUCCUUCCUUUGCGCCCUCGCCCGCGGAGCUGUUCGAUCGGAGCGGAGCGGCCGACGUACCGCCGGAGGAAGGAAGUCCUCGAGCCCUCGAGAGGGAUCGGCACGCGGGUGGCAGCGCACACCACUUCUCUCACACGCCUUCUUUGCUCGCCCUUCGGAGUUCCACCCUUUCAUCUUCUCGCGCCUCUCCAUUUUUCUCACCCCGUCGUCGGGAGCCGUCGUCGUCGUCGUCGGGAGCCGUCGUCGUCCUCGUCGUCCUCGUCGUCCUCGUCGCCGUUGUCUUUGCGAGGAGCGGGAUGGAGGGCAAGAAGGUCGAGCAGUUUUACACCCCGCCGCCGAAGCUCGGAAGAUGGGAGGGCUUCCGUGUCUUCCUCUGGAACUCCGAGACGGGACAGUUCCUGGGCCGCACCGGCGCCAGUUGGGCUAAAAUUUUGCUGUUCUACGUAAUUUUCUAUGCCGUCCUGUCCGGCUUCUUCGGUGCGAUGCUCGCUGUGUUCUAUCAAACAUUGGAUCCAAACGCGCCGAAGUGGCAGCUAGAUAAUUCGCUGAUUGGCAGCAAUCCGGGUCUUGGUUUUAGGCCUAUGCCUCCUGAAAGCAACGUCGAAAGUACUUUAAUUUGGUAUAAGGCCAGUGACGAGGGUAAUUAUCUUCACUGGACCAGGGAGUUGGACAGAUUCUUGGAAGAAUAUCAAAAGCCGCCGAGUGGCAUGAACAAUUACGAGAGAGUAAACUGCGAUUACGGUAGACCAGCACCAGUGGGCAAAGUCUGUGAUGUAAACAUGAGCCAUUGGGGACAAUGCACGAAGGAGAACAAAUAUGGCUUCAGCAGAUCCGCACCCUGCAUCUUCUUGAAACUGAAUAAGAUUUUUGGAUGGGAACCGAAAUAUUAUAACGAUACCAAAAAUUUGCCGGCGUUGAUGCCAGCGGAUCUUAAGGAGCAUAUCAAACAAGAAGAAAAAGCGAACAGACUGGACACUGUCUGGGUGUCUUGUGCUGGUGAAAACCCUGCCGACGUAGAAAACAUGGGUGCGAUUCAGUACAUACCACGCCGUGGUUUUCCUGGCUUUUACUUCCCGUUCAAAAAUACCCAAGGAUAUCUGAGCCCUCUUGUAGCUGUGUUCUUCGAAAAGCCCAAAUACGGCGUACUCAUCAAUAUCGAAUGUAAGGCAUGGGCGCAUAACAUCAUCCACGACAGAUUUGAAAGACGUGGCUCGGUGCACUUCGAACUGAUGGUGGACUAAGUCCCGGCCAGUCGUCAGAUCAUCAUCGCUACUAACCGCGUCCAAGUAGGAAGCCGCAAGAGAAUAGAACAGAAAGAAGACAUUUCUUUUUUAACCUGCCUCGUUGGCCGACCGCGAUCACACCCUGUGCCAUCCGGUUUUCUCUCUGCCCGACGAUACCGCUCCGGAUUAGCCUUACUUCUUCUCACUGUCAUCAUUUCAUCAGCUCAUCGUCUUCGUCGUACUUACAACGAUUGUAACAGCGUUAUCCAUCUAUCAUUAAUCGUCAAGAGAAGGAAACGGAAAGUAAAAGAAAGAUGAAAGCAAAAGAAAGAUGAAGGGGAAGAGAGAUAGAAAAAAAGAGAAGAGAAGAAAUGGAUAUAAAAGGGAGAAGCAGCAUAAAAUGAACUCAACGGAGCAGUCAACUACAAUCGAGAUGCACAAAACUAAACGGGAAGGAAGAAAGGUGAAAUGAACAAUCCCGCACAAAAGCCGGACGGUAUCUUCUCUUAUUUCUGCCAGGGUUGUGUCACGGGGAGUGAUCUCGACCAUCGACGGCUAGUCGAUCGUUCGCAAAACUUAAUUCACGCGCGAAAAAGAGAGAAAGAGAGAGAAAGAGAGAGAAAGAGAGAGAAAGAAAGAGAGAGAGAGAGAGAGAGAGAGAGAGAGAGAGAAAGAGAGAGAGAGAGAAAGGUUCUCCCUUAAUUAAGAGCCCACCGCCCGUUCCAGUUAGAUCUCUUGAGCUUUUCGUCACACACAUUUCUUUUCACAAAGACGAGCUCGUGCCGAUAAUGAGUUGUCACGACAGCGCGGAUGAUCGAUGAUCUUAGUUCAGCCAUGUAGAUGUAUUAUAUUAGUGUGUUUUGCCCAUCGCGUUACGAUACAUCUUGGCAUGUCGGUAUGUUGAAAUUUUUGGGCAUUGGUAAGAGACGUGGUACUCGGUGAAUUUUAAUACAAGUAGGCACAAAGGGAUACAAGUACGCGUUAAGCUCAGUUGGACUAUCGAUCGUUAUCAGGUAACAAAAGCUUGUAACGUUAUUUAAAACUUUAUUUGAGUGAUGUUAACAGUGUUUCAAAAGAAAAUUGGCCACAGGUGACGCGAAACUGUCGUUAGUAUCUAUCGAAACGUUGGAUAAAGUUACAAGUUACGUAUAAGGUUGUUGCGUCCAAAAUUUUUUCAAAAUUAUUGAUAAGUUAAAAUCUUUAUGAAAAUGAGAAAAAAAUUGUUAUUUUUAAAAUAUUUUAUCGAGUUUUAAAAGAAAUUUUUAACUUUUAAAGCUUGUAAAUCAUCAAGUUUCUGAUUUUAAUAAGGAUUAUUAAAACUGUCUCGACGUCAUGUCAUGCUUACCGAUGAAGAUCACAUCAUAACGCAGAUCAGAAUUUUGUUUAUAUUGAUAUAAAAUUAUCAAAUAAUAUUUAUAUUGUUAUGCCUUGCAUAUUGAUAAUUGUUACUUGUAUUCCUUUGUUCCAGAUAUUUUCAAUUGAGAGUUAAAAUUAAGUGUUAUUAUAUUGAAAUCUGCUAUGGAGCAUGAUGAAAGAGUAUAAGCAAAGAUACGGAUAUUAAAGAGGCGAUCGAUAGUUAUUGCCACUCAAUAAUAUGUUGAAUGUGUAUGAUGAUCUAUGAUUCUAUAUAAUGCAUUUUUCAUACGAUAGAAAUACUGGAAUCUAUGGAUUCUUGCAUGCAGAGACACUCGGAUUCGCAGAUUGUUGAAUCUAUUAAUUUUUGAGCUCAUAAAUGCUCGGAUUUACGGAUUUGGACUCGCAAGUUUUUUUUCAAUUUUGAAUUGGAAGAAAAUAUUUUUUAAUUUACGAAUAAUAUACAAUAAAAAUAAUGAGAAUUAUGAUAAUAAUUUUAAGUAAUUAAAUUUUAUAUUUACAUGUUUGCCAUGUCAUAAUCGUUUCGUUGUGUGUUCAUUUGUUAGGUAAUUUAUUAAAUCAGUGAUGAGUCCAAUAAUUGAAAGAAUCUUUUAUAAAAAAGAUUAAGAACUUUUAAAGGGUUACGAAUAUAAGAUUUUAAAUUAGGAAAAAAUCUGUGGAAUAUUAUAAUUUUAUUGAUUAUUUAUGUGUGGAAUUUUAUUAAAUUCUUGAUUAUUGAAUCUGAUCGUAAGAAUUAAACUCGAUCAAAAAUGCGUAUUUAAAAUGAUAUUAAAACGAUAAAAAGUCCAAAGCUCUAGAUCCGAGUUUGUGUGCGUGCGCUAAGAUACAGAGAUGUAUAAAAAUAAAGAUACAUUAAGAUGCAUGAAAUAUAGAAGUGCAGAUCAUGAUAUAUAAACUUAAAGAAUUUAUGAAUUCAAAGAUUUAUGUGAUAUCAACGAUCUGUACAUCUAAGACUCUAUGGGCCCAAGAAUCUUCUUAUCUGAGGAUAUAUGAGGGCAAAAAUCUAUAUACUCAGGAAUCUAUAAAUCAACAGCAAGAAUCAACAAGAAUCUACAGGUCUAAAGAUCUGUGCGUGGACCUAAGAAUUCAAAUUUAAAAAAAUUACGAAUAUGAAAAAUUUGCAAAUACAGUAAUCUGUAAGUCCAAGGAUCUAUUGAUUUUGCUAAUUAAUAUUUAAUUUGCAAUUUGAGAAAUAUUUUAGUUGUUAAGCAUGUAGAAAAAGGUAUUGCAACACUGUCAGGUCGGCAUUGACAAGAUACAUUGUAAUACAAAGGAACUCUCAUGCGCGUUUAGUACUUAUUGAAUAAGAUUCCGCGAAAACUGCUGUAAAAUUACUGGAAGGGAAAAGAAAUUUAAAAAGUCUAUACUUAAAGGACAAUUUUCGCAAAAGAGCACUCGCGAUCAGUAAUUACUACAUUUUUAAUAGUGAUAGUACGAAAAAUGUACAUUGAUCGUAUACUAAUAAUAUAAAUAUGUUAUAUUAAUGAUAUAUAAUAUAUCGAUAGCUAAGCAUUAAAAUUGUUGAUGCAUUAAUAGUAAUACUGAUCGUGGUAGCCCUCUGUAAGUACUUAAUUCCAAUUUAAAUCACUGAUUUCUGAUUGUACUUAAGUCAAAGGUAUCAUUGAUCUUAAACAGAACUGUCGAUAUAUCACAAAUAGGCGUUUAGUCGCGAUCAACGUAAAGCAUUAUAAUUGCACACGGAAAUUUAAUAUACUGGUUCUGUUAAAAUGCGGCGCGAUAUAUGUGAAAUGCAUUUUAUUUAUAUAUUGUAUUAUAUAAUAUUUAAUAUAUUAAUUUAUGCAAAUUCUGUAUCUCGAGAAAUUGUUAAGUUCUGUGACUGAGAAAAGAAAUUGGUAAAGCUAUUUUCUCUGUUUUCAUUACGAUACGAUGUUACAUUUGGACAAAGGAAUACACUUUCCGAAGAUCUAAAUGAUCGUAAUAAAUCGAGAAACGAAGUUGGAUCAUCGAUACGAGUACCUCCUGACGGAACUUAAACCCGAGGAAAAAAAAAAACGAUGUAUCAAAUUUUAUGUACAAGUAUUUUAUGUAGUUUCAUUAGGUUAAUUAUACUGUGCGAAUAAUAUGUAUUACAGUAGAUAAGUAUCGGUUAUAUAAAAAAUAUAGAUCUUAUAUAUAUACAUAAAAUCCGUAAAUCUGUUAAUCCAUAGAUUCACUGAUCACACAUUUAGCAUCAUAGACCCUUGCUUAUACAAAUGUGUCAAUAGCAUCACAUGCUUGAAAGACAAAUAGAUCAUAGAUCCUGUGGAUCUACAGAUUCACAGAUCCAUCGAGCCACACAUAUGCACAGGUCCAUAUAUACAUAUAUUCGCAGAUUUAUAAUAUCAUUUCUUCAUAUGUAAUUCCUUGAACGUAUUAUUAUUCAUAAGUUCUCGAUUGAUACCUUCACGAUAGUCGUUAAGCGCCUGUUUGUUACAUCAGGAUUAAAUCAACCGUGUAUCUUGAGAUAUAAAUUUCCUAAAACAUUAUUCGAAUAAUGCAAGCAUCUAAAAAGGUGUCUGUAAGACGUCCUUUCGUAGACAUCUUUAAGAUUUUUCCAAAAAGGCGUUUUAGAUAUGUCGAUCGAAUAUCUUGCGACUUUCUGAAAGGUACAUUUCGUUUAUAACAUCUUAAAGUUGUCUAUUACAUGACAUUUUCCGGACUAUGCAAGAGGGAUGUUAUUACAGUAAUUAUAGUAAUUAUUGUAACACAAUCUAUUAAUUCCUGCGUAUCGCGUGCCUAAAGUUUGGUGAAACUAAAGCUUUAGAGGAAAUUGUAAUUAGAUCGCGGGUUCGCUCGACGCGGCAAGCUCGACCCUUAACCGAGAGAGCCGCUGUGCCAGAUGACAUUUUUUUUCUCCCCUUCGCGCUCUCAACUUUCCUUUUACGAGCAUAAUGCCUGCGUAAUCGCCGGAUAGCGACAGCUGUCAUCGACACUUGAACAAACACAUCCGUGGUCUAAUUAUAAUCUAUAAUCGGUUGGCAGUAAUAGGGAAUAAUAAAUAAAAUGGAGACGCCUAUUUUCUUAAUAUUAUAUUUCGUUCCCUUUUCUCUCCUAUUUUCAAGCGACGCGCGCCCGAGUGCAGCACGAAUCUUUAACCCGAAUCUCGCGCACGCGCAUCAGACACGGGGGAUUAAUUGUCUCGCUCAUGCGCGAAUGUAGUUUCGAGGUAGUCGAUAGAUAGUCUCUUAAAUAAGAAGUUUACAAGAAAGGCUGCUGCAAAUUUGUAAAGCAUUAUUAAUAUUAUAGACAUUUUUGGAAUUUACGCAGUCUCUAAACUUAUAAAGUCUAUGAAAAAAUUAGAAAACUUAUAAAUAAACUAAACUCUUGAAAAACAGAUUC